AUGGAGGAACACACGGAGGCAAGCUUGGCUCCAGAGCUGGUGGACCACAGGGUCCUAAUCGACAAUCCUGCUGACAUCCUGGUCAUUGUUGCAUAUUUCCUGCUUGUGAUCGGUGUCGGCUUGUGGUCCAUGUGCAGGACCAACAGAGGCACUGUAGGCGGCUACUUCCUGGCAGGACGAAGCAUGGCGUGGUGGCCGGUCGGGGCCUCUCUCUUUGCCAGCAACAUUGGCAGCGGCCACUUCGUGGGCCUGGCGGGAACCGGCGCUGCAAGUGGCUUGGCUGUGGCUGGAUUUGAGUGGAAUGCGCUUUUCGUGGUGCUGCUACUCGGCUGGCUCUUCGCUCCGGUGUACCUGACCGCGGGUGUCAUGACGAUGCCGCAGUACCUGCGCAAGCGCUUCGGUGGCCAUCGUAUCCGCCUGUACCUGUCCAUGCUCUCGCUUUUUUUGUACAUCUUCACCAAGAUCUCGGUGGACAUGUUCUCUGGGGCGGUAUUCAUUCAGCAGGCUAUGGGCUGGAACAUCUAUGCCUCUGUCAUCGUGCUCCUGGGCAUCACCAUGAUUUACACUGUGACAGGAGGGCUGGCAGCGCUGAUGUACACAGAUACCGUACAGACUUUCGUCAUUCUCGGGGGGGCCUUCAUCCUCAUGGGUUAUGCCUUCCACGAGGUGGGCGGGUAUUCGGGGCUCUUCGACAAAUACCUGGGGGCAAUGACUUCGCUGACGGUGUCCGAGGAUCCUGCCGUGGGCAACAUCUCCAGCUCCUGCUAUCGACCCCGGCCCGACUCCUACCACCUGCUCCGGGACCCUGUGACAGGGGAUCUGCCGUGGCCCGCACUGCUCCUGGGGCUUACAAUCGUCUCUGGCUGGUACUGGUGCAGCGACCAGGUCAUCGUGCAGCGCUGCCUAGCUGGGAAGAGCCUGACCCACAUUAAGGCGGGCUGCAUCUUGUGCGGUUACCUGAAGCUAAUGCCCAUGUUCCUCAUGGUCAUGCCGGGCAUGAUCAGCCGCAUUCUUUACCCGGACGAAGUGGCGUGCGUGGUGCCCGAGGUGUGUAAACGCGUGUGCGGCACUGAGGUGGGCUGCUCCAACAUCGCCUAUCCACGGCUCGUCGUGAAGCUCAUGCCCAAUGGUCUGCGCGGACUCAUGCUGGCGGUCAUGCUGGCUGCGCUCAUGUCCUCACUGGCCUCAAUCUUUAACAGCAGCAGCACGCUUUUCACCAUGGACAUCUACACGCGCCUGCGGCACCGCGCAGGCGACCGCGAGCUGCUGCUAGUAGGACGGCUCUGGGUGGUGUUCAUCGUGGCAGUGUCGGUGGCCUGGCUGCCUGUAGUGCAGGCAGCACAGGGCGGGCAGCUCUUUGAUUACAUCCAGGCAGUCUCCAGCUACUUGGCACCGCCUGUGUCCGCUGUCUUCGUGCUGGCGCUCUUCGUGCCCCGCGUUAACGAGAAGGGCGCCUUCUGGGGACUGAUUGGGGGCCUGUUGAUGGGCCUGGCACGCCUCAUUCCGGAGUUCUCCUUUGGGUCAGGCAGCUGUGUGCUGCCCACAGCAUGCCCAGCGCUCCUCUGCAGCGUGCACUACCUCUACUUUGCCAUCGUGCUCUUCGUCUGUUCAGGACUCCUCGCCCUCAUGGUCUCUCUGUGCACUGCACCCAUCCCGCGCAAGCACCUCCAUCGCCUGGUUUUCAGUCUACGGUACAGCAAGGAGGAACGGGAGGACCUGGAUGCUGAUGAGCGGGAAGGCUCCUCACUCCCUGUACAGAAUGGGUGCCCAGAGCACGCAGUAGAGAUGGAGGAGCCCCAUUCCCCAGCACCAGGCCUAUUCCGCCAGUGCCUGCUUUGGUUCUGUGGAAUGAGCAGGAGUGGGGCAGGUGGUCCUCCAUCCCCUACCCAGGAGGAGGUGGCUGUGGCAGCCAGGCGGCUGGCGGACAUCAGUGAGGACCCGGUCUGGGCUCGUGUGGUCAACCUCAAUGCCUUGCUCAUGAUGGCUGUGGCCACAUUCCUCUGGGGCUUUUAUGCCUAAGGCCAGCUGUGUUGGACACUGUGAGCCAAAACCAGGGUAGGGUAAUAAGCGGGCGCAGGGAGGCUGCAGUGGUCCCCAGUAA